AUGCCAAAUGGAAGUGCGCAGUAUGGUGUUCAAGAUGUUGAGGCGGUGACAAUGACGUGGACGAGGGGUACACUGAUUGCAGUCUUCAUUAACAUAUGGUUUCUGUAUUUUGUCAAUGCCUUUCAAUCAACGGUUACCGCCACUUUGAACCCCUAUGUCACAAGUUCAUUCCAAGCACACUCGCUCUCCGCAGUCCCCACAGCUCUCGGCGAUGUCUUUGCGGCCGCCACCUACCUACCCGUGGCGAAAAUGAUGGAUGUAUGGGGUCGUGCGGAGGGGUUUCUCCUGAUGGUUAUAUGUGCCACCAUUGGACUGGUUCUGAUGGCCGCCUGUAAUAGCUUCGAGAUCUACUGUGCCGCUAAUGUCUUCUACUAUACGGGGUUCUACGGCAUGGAAUAUGCUGUCGAUGUCAUGACCGCAGAUUUUUCGACUUUAAGAAACCGUGCAUUUGCCUACGCAUUUACAUCCUCGCCAUAUAUCAUCACGGCAUUUGCAGGUCCGAAGGUCGCGAGCGAGUUCUACUAUCAGGUCUCAUGGCAGUGGGGCUUUGGGUGUUGGGCUAUCGUCGUACCGGUUGUGGCCGCUCCAUUAUAUAUUGUGUUGAAAUACAACCUUCACAAGGCGGAGAAAGAAGGGUACAGGAUUAAGAGGCCAAGUGGACGCACACUACUCGAAAGUAUCUCUCAUUGGACUGUCGAAUUUGAUCUGUUCGGGGUUUUCUUAUUCAGUGCUGGUCUUGCGCUAUUCGAACUUCCCUUCGACCUCGCACAUUACGCGCCUGAUGGUUGGGCUUCCAGCUAUAUCAUCGCCAUGCUUGUCGUUGGAUUUUCAAUGAUUUUUUUCUUCGCGAUUUGGGAACGAUGGCUGGCUCCAGUUCCCCUUUUCGAGUGGCGGCUUUUGACAAAUCGGACCAUCGUUGGUGCCGUUCUCUUGGAUGCAACCUACCAGCUCUCAAACUAUUGCUGGAGCUACUACUUCACCUCUUGGCUACAAGUCAACAAUGAUCUAUCAAUUACUACAUCCAACUAUAUCGUCAAUAUCUUUGAUAUGGUUUCCGGUGUGCUUUUGCUAGCCAUGGGUUGGCUCAUCCGAAAGGUCGGUCGUUUUAAGUGGACUUUAUACAUCGCCAUUCCAAUCUACAUACUCGGGCAGGGCUUGAUGAUCUAUUUCCGUCAGCCCAACGUAAAUAUUGGAUACCAGGUGCUGUGUCAGAUUCUACUCGCUAUUGGUGGGGCGACCUUCAUUCUCGUCGAACAGCUUGCAAUUCUAGCGGCCGUCGAUCACCAGCACGUUGCUACCGCGCUGGCCCUGUUGAAUGUGGUCGGCACUAUUGGCGAUAGUGCGGGACUUACCAUCAGUACUGUCAUAUGGCAAAACACAUAUCUCAAGGCUCUACUUCGGUAUCUUCCUGAAUCGGCUUUGCCGAAAUUGAACGAUAUCUACGAAGAUCUCGUCACACAGCGGAGCUAUCCUGUCGGGACCCCGACGAGAUUAGCUAUCCAAAAGGCCUAUGCCUAUGCUGAGCUUCGACUACUUUCUGUCGGAUGCGGUAUUAUAGCCCUAGCAAUUCCUUGGACGUUUUUGAUGAAAGACAUCAAUUUGAAGAGGAAGCCGCAGGUGAGAGGUACUGUCUUUUAG